AAAGUUUCUUCAGAUUGAGCUAGUUCCGCUGAACUAAUGUUUUCGUUGCGUACGAAGCCCUGAGCAGAUAUGCAAGGUUUAUGCGUGAAAAAGAUUAGAAGGCAGCCAGUAGCAAACUAAUUAAGUACUUCUACUACAUAAUAAUGGCUGAAUUGGUGAAAGACUGGCUAGCGGAUUAUCAACGCGCCCGGCGUCAGCCAGCGGAGUCCGAGGCAUUCGUCGUCGAGCACGAAACAGAUCCCGAAAUCGCCGAGGCCAUCUUCACAAUAUUCAGUGAACGGCAGCGCAAUGAGGAUUUAGUGCACGAUAUUUGCCAGCAGUUGUUGUCAUUCUACCGGGCGCCGGAGGUGACGUUGCACAAGUUCCCAUUGCAAUUUCUACCCGUGUUGAUAUACACGUACCUGCAUGCAGUAGCCGCGGGCGACAAGAAGGCAUCGCGCGGUGUGGAGACGCUGCUCAUAUGCAUUUAUAACGGCGAGGUGUCCACCGAUGAUGGCGGUCAGAAGGUGGUCGCUUUUCGCAUGCCAAUCCUCGCGCAGGUUUCCGUCUACCACGAGCUAAAGAAUCUGCCCAUGACCGAUCUGCGACGCUGGGAGGAGAACUGCAAUCGUGAGGUCAAAUGGGGACCACAUUUGCGCAUUGAAUCGAUCAAUGCCCAGAAUAGGAUGCGCAUCCUCACCGCUCUGCUGUUCUGCUACAAUCAGCAGGUGAGCCUCACGCAAAAGUCCUCGCUGCUGCAUCUGUGCCGCGUAACGUCACAGCUGGUUAAUCAGGGAUUCACCACCAAAUCGGGGCAUGGCCAUCGCAUGAGCUACGGCUCGGAUCCAGCUACGGGUGCCACCUUUCCAAAACCUUCCUCGCCACGCAUACCGCUCUCUGCAUCCUUUCUCAUCGAACUGGUGCACGCCAUUUACUAUGCGAUGUUUAAUGGCUAUGGCACUGUUGCCAUACAGACACUGGAAGACAUUCACAAUCGUGCCAGUUAUGAGAUGUACACGGAAUUGAUUCUGGUCACAAAUGCUGUGCGCAAUUCGCUGCAUGCGAAUCCAUCGGGUCAGCCCAACGAUGGACCCAUGGGCCUGAGCGUUGCGUUAACACCGGCAACAAAUACGGUGACAACGUCUGUGUCCAAGUCGAUGAUAACGAACGCUUCAUUCCGUACGAAAAAACUGCCCGAUGAUAUUCCCAUACAAGUUCAGGAUCUCACCAUGGCACCGGCGACGCAACAGCAGCUGGCCAGUGUAACGGAGGAAACGGAACCAGUUGCUAAGGAAUCGCCGUCGACCAAAGAGAGCAGCGGUACCCGUACCUCGAUCAUAAGGCCCAGCAUGGAAGGCAUAAAGGCGCAGGCGAACAAGGCCUUUACUGGCUUCAAGAAGAAGGAUAAGGACAAGGAGAAGGAUAAGGAGCCGCCAAAACCACCGCAACGUAAAUUCGACAAGCACACGCAGCGCAACUCGCUGCUCCAGCUGCAAACACAAGCCACGGACCCGGGACCCGACUACGAGAAGAGUCCGCUGUCGGUCAGCAAGUCGAAGACAUACGAUUCCGUUGCGGAUACGCAACCCACCGACAUGCUGCCAAUGCAAACGCUUUCGCUGAUCAAUGAAAAUGGCAGCAAUAGCUUUAGCAUCGAAAGCGAUAUGAACGAUGGCAUUGCCGUCCUCUCUGGACUGGGCAGCAACGUGCCAGUGAGCAGCAACACGACUUCCAUCACAAGCAGCGAUUUGCUGACCAAAAGCUUUGACUCCAGCGUCGAGAUAACACCAAUGGGUCACAGCAACAGCAAUGGCGGCAAACUGGCUGAGCACGGUCUGGAAUAGUGAGCGUGACCAUGCCGAGUUCAACAACAAACCAAUUAGCCAAAUUUCAAGUAUAUUUAUUAUAUCAUUAAUAUAUACAUAUAUAUAUAUUUAUAUGUAUGCAUUCGCACGUUACCAAAUGAGGUAUUAACGGUGGACGGUGGACAAGAACAACCAUAAUAAGGAUGAUGCCCAGGCAACGUUGGGGCGUUUUGAACUGUGAACAGUGUACCGCAGUAAUACUUAAAACCGUUGAAAAUUUGUUGAAUAUUAAUUGUCACUAUUAGUUGUUCGUAUGUAUUAUUGUUGGUAAAAAUGUACAUUACUAAUUAUGUAAUUUUUGUUUAGAUUUAAGCACACGUAUAAUACCUAUAAAAACAAAUGACAGUAACACAAAUAUAGCCAAUUUACCAGUUGUCUAAGUAACUUUAAAACAAAAGCAUUUUGUAAUGAAUCUAAUUCCUGCUAGACAACUGGCUAAUAUAUAGAUGCUGGUAAACUUGGCCUCCAAGUUCGUUUAAUAACAAAUAAUAGUUAAGCGUAUUGCAAUAUAUACAAUACAUAAAAACACUCACAUAUA